UUCAUCAUAUUUCAACCAUUCAGAUAUCUAGCGUAGCGUCACUUCAGUUUCAUCCACUGCAUCAUCAUCAUCAUCAUCACCAUGUGGCCAUUCAGCAGCAAGAAAGGGGUUUCUGGAUUUUCUGGUUCUUCAACUGCUGAACAAGUCACUCAUGGAAUCGAUGCAACUGGCCUCACCGCCAUUGUUACUGGAGCAUCGAGUGGCAUUGGCGCCGAGACUACUCGUGUGCUUGCUUUGCGCGGUGCUCAUGUGAUUAUGGGUGUGAGAAAUAUGGUUGCUGCUAAGGAUGUCAAAGAUACAAUACUCAAGGACAUUCCCUCGGCUAAAGUUGAUGCCAUAGAGUUAGAUCUCAGCUCAUUGGACUCUGUCAAGAAAUUUGCAUCCGAGUUUAAUUCCUCUGGCCGUCCACUGAACAUCUUGAUAAAUAAUGCAGGAAUUAUGGCAUGCCCUUUCAAGCUGUCCAAAGACAACAUUGAACUACAGUUUGCCACCAAUCACAUAGGGCAUUUUCUUUUGACAAAUCUUUUGUUGGAUACUAUGAAGAAAACGACACGUGAAAGUAAAAAAGAAGGAAGAAUUGUUAAUGUUGCCUCAGAGGCUCACAGGUUCGCAUAUCCCGAAGGAAUCCGUUUUGACAAAAUCAAUGACCAAUCAAGUUAUAACAACUGGCGUGCAUAUGGGCAAUCCAAGCUUGCUAACGUUUUACAUGCCAACCAACUUACAAAACAUCUCAAGGAAGAUGGUGUGAAUAUUACUGCAAAUUCUCUUCAUCCAGGAACAAUUGUCACCAACCUUUUCCGUCAUAACAGUGCAGUGAACGGUAAGUCUAAUAAAUGUGAUUGGGAAACUUGUGUUGAAAAAUGUUCAGCAGGGAGCAGCUACAACAUGCUAUGUAGCAUUGCACCCACAAGUGAAGGGAGUAAGUGGUGAAUAUUUUUCAGACAGUAAUGUGUACAAGACAACACCACAUGGGAAGGAUGUUGAUUUGGCAAAGAAACUCUGGGAUUUCAGCAUCAAUUUGGUUAAGCAGAAAUAGAAUAACAAGUGUUAGUGUCAAUGCUAUACACUAAAUGAAAUGUAUCAAUAAUAUGAUUGUCACAAAUAAAAUGCUUCAAUAGAAUCACUCUGUCACAUCUAUCUAUCUAUUCUACGAAAGAUAUUUGCACAA